GCCGCGGGGCCCGCCUGAGGCUGCCCGGGGCGCGGGGCCGGCGCCGGCGCGGCGCGGGCGCGGGGGGCGACGCGAGGCGCGAUGUCGGUGCCGCUGCUCAAGAUCGGGGUUGUGCUGAGCACCAUGGCCAUGAUCACCAACUGGAUGUCCCAGACGCUGCCCUCGCUGGUGGGCCUCAACACCACCAAGCUCUCGGCGGCCAGCGGCGGGACGCUCGACCGCAGCACCGGCGUGCUGCCCGCCAACCCUGAGGACAGCUGGCAGGUGUACAGCUCCGCCCAGGACAGCGAGGGCCGCUGCAUCUGCACGGUGGUCGCCCCGCAGCAGACCAUGUGCUCGCGGGACGCCCGCACCAAGCAGCUGAGGCAGCUCCUGGAGAAGGUGCAGAACAUGUCACAGUCCAUCGAGGUGCUGGACAGGAGGACCCAGAGGGACCUGCAGUACGUGGAGAAGAUGGAGAAUCAGAUGAAGGGGCUGGAGACGAAGUUCCGGCAGGUGGAGGAGAGCCACAAGCAGCACCUGGCCAGGCAGUUCAAGGCGAUUAAAGCGAAAAUGGAUGAACUUAGGCCUUUGAUCCCUGUGUUGGAAGAGUACAAGGCCGAUGCCAAAUUGGUAUUGCAGUUUAAGGACGAGGCCCAGAAUCUGACGACAGUGCUAAACCAGCUGCAAGCGGAGAUGGGCGCCCACGACUACGACGACCUGCAGAGCAGAGUGUCCAGUCUCGAAGAGAGGCUCCGGGCGUGCAUGCAAAAACUAGCAUGCGGCAAGCUGACGGGCAUCAGCGACCCGGUGACCAUCAAGACGUCAGGCUCGCGGUUCGGGUCCUGGAUGACGGACCCUCUGGCCCCAGAAGGCGAUAACAGGGUGUGGUACAUGGACGGCUACCACAACAACCGCUUCGUGCGCGAGUACAAGUCCAUGGUGGACUUCAUGGCCACCGACAACUUCACGUCGCACCGGCUGCCGCACCCCUGGUCGGGCACGGGGCAGGUGGUGUACAACGGCUCCAUCUACUUCAACAAGUUCCAGAGCCACAUCGUCAUCCGCUUCGACCUGAAGACCGAGAGCAUCCUGAAGACGCGCAGCCUGGACUACGCGGGCUACAACAACAUGUACCACUACGCCUGGGGCGGCCACUCGGACAUCGACCUCAUGGUGGACGAGAACGGGCUGUGGGCCGUGUACGCCACCAACCAGAACGCGGGCAACAUCGUCAUCAGCAAGCUGGACCCGGUGUCCCUGCAGGUGCUGCGGAGCUGGAACACCAGCUACCCCAAGCGCAGCGCGGGCGAGGCCUUCAUCAUCUGCGGCACGCUGUACGUCACCAACGGCUACUCGGGCGGCACCAAGGUGCACUACGCCUACCAGACCAACGCCUCCACCUACGAGUACAUCGACAUCCCCUUCCAGAACAAGUACUCCCACAUCUCCAUGCUGGACUACAACCCCAGGGACCGCGCCCUCUACGCCUGGAACAACGGCCACCAGAUCCUCUACAACGUCACCCUCUUCCACGUCAUCCGCUCCGACGAGUUGUAGCCGCCUCUGCCGGGGAGGGGGGAGGGCGCCUCCCGCCUGCCCGCCCGCCCGCCCACGGGGCCCUCCGGGGGCCCUCCUGCCACCCACCCGGGUGGCCCCGGGCCGGCCUCGCGCCUUGCCCUUCCCUCCCCCGGUCCCCUGGUCGAGGCCGGGGGUGACCGGUGGGGAAAGAAACCCCCCUUCUUUGCAGCUGGAACUGCAGUGCAGGGCUCCUGCCCAUCCCGCCCCCAGCCCGGCCCCCCUCUGAUCAAAUACCGUCCUAAGAAGCAAGGCACUGACUGUUGACCCCCCCCGAGAACCCCCGCUGUUAGCGUCGCAUGGAGACCCCUAGAUCCCGGCCCGCGCCGCCGGAGGUGACUGUGGUGUCCAGUGGGGCCCCUGGGCCGGAGGCCCGCCUAGGCUAGUGUACCUCGAACCCCCAGUACGUGUUGUGUCUUAGAUUACCUGUGCCCGCAGAGCCCGGCCCGGCGCCCCCUAGCGGCGGGCGGCGUGCAUGGCGCGCGGCUGCCGCAGCCGUGGUUUGAGCUCGUGCCCCCUAGAUAUCUCGUGCCGUGUCCGUCUCUUGUCCCCGAGGUGGUGACCCCCGUGCCGUGAGUGCCACCAGUGUGGUGAAAGUAGGUGCCGUAGUUCGGGUUCGUCCGUCCAGGGUUUUUGUUUCGCGCGAGGAAAUGAAGGAAUGCUGUCCCCGAGCGCCCCGCAGGGUCCCAAAAUGAUUCCCUUCCCGUCCCACCUAGCAGCGCACCCGCCAACGGGAAGGGCUUAUCUGGGAAACGGAAUGUUCCGGAGGCGACUGCCUGUGCAGAGGACGUUUUGGGUUUGGUUUUGUUUCUCUUUUUUUUUUCUUCUUUUUUUUUUUAAAGUACAGAAGAGGGAGACUUUGUACUCCCCAGUUACUUAAGGAACAAUAAAAACACUAGGACAUG